AUGUAUUCAACUGUGAUUGAUCGCGCACUCGACGAGAUUGUCGCCGAGAAGAAAGGCUCUCGUGGACGCAGCAGCGCAAAGGGUGGUGGUUCGUCUGGUAGUCAUCGAGCAUCCGGUUUCAGUGGUCGUUGGCAACAUGACAGAUUUGAAGGGGUGCAUGACACGAGUCGUGAUCGCAAGGACUCGAGGCGCAGAGGUGGUAUCAAGCUUCCCACCACUGUUGUCCGCAUUCUUCUCGCCAAUUUGUCGCCACAAUUCAAUCAGAUUGACUUGGAGGAACUGGUGGAGCCUUACAACGGCAAGCAUCCUCUCGUCCACUACAAUGAAAAAGGCGAACAAGUUGGAACGGCACAAUUUGCCACCUCCUUUGAUGACGCACAAAAAUUUAUGAAAGACCUUCAUGGUGCGUCAAUUGAUGACAAGCGUCUCAAGAUCACAUUGGUUGAUGAUGUUUCUACUAUAACUAUCGGAACGGUUCGUGAGCGCAUUAAGUUUGCUCGCGCUAAAGCUUCGCGGAGUGAUGGUAGAGUUCACCGAACGAUUCGUGGUCGUGUCAAGAAGUCAAGGAGCAGUGACAGUGGUGGACGUCUAUCUGCGGACCGACCUUCGUGGGACCAACACGAUCACAGGGAUCAAGCUGAUGAAACCUCUGAAGUCAAACCAAAGCAUAAACCAUUGCCCACUUCCUCCAACAAAUGGUCGCAUAAGAAACUUUCUCAAGAGGAACUUGACCGUCAGCUGGACGAGUAUAUGAAACGGACGGUGGACCAGCAAAUGGAU